GUCUUGUUGCUUCCGUUUGCAGGCGGAUGUACAAACAGGAGAUUUGUGGAGGUGACCGAAUGGUGGACGGCUGAAACCUUUUAGCAACGCUGCAGUAGCAAAAAGCAAGCAGUAUUCACAGAUUUAGUGUGAUUAGUACUGAUCGUCGGAGCCAUGGGAGCUAGCAUGGUCAGACGGUACAUCACCGAGACAGACACGGAGCCGGACCCCAGGAAGAAGUCCGCGUUCGACCCCGAGUUUGGCUUCGACGAGAGGAAAGAGAGAGAGAUGGUAGCAACACAGGAGCAGAUGAACUUGGCCCAGCUGCCUGUGGAGCAGAGAGACUACUGUGCCCAUCAUCUCCUGAAGCUCAUGAAGUGUAAGAGGGAUAACUGGCCCAACUUUCUGGCCUGCAAGCACGAGAGACAUGACUGGGACUACUGCCAGCACCAGGACUAUGUGAUGCGCAUGAAGGAGUACGAGAGAGAGAGGAGGCUCCAGCUGAGGAAGAAGAGAAUCGAGGCUCAGGCUGAAGCUGCAUGAUCAGUGCAUCCUCUGAUUCCUCAUCUUCUCUGUAUAUAUGUGCUGCUGUUCACAAUAAACAAUAUUGAUCAAG